ACUCUGUUGUGUUCAUAUCUGAUGGGUCGAUUUUUAAAGGCUUGGGGUUGCUUUCUACUAUUGAUUGCCGACCUAGAGUUCCUCCCUAUAUACAUUAGUUUCCCUCCUGCUUCUUAUCAUCAAUUAGUUGCCCUCAUAAGUCCCUGCACUGAUCAAAGACCUCCUUGACUGAUCCACUUGAUAUAUGAUAUGAAUUUUUUUGAAGCCUUACGGUUUGAGUUACCCAGUAUCCAACUUUUCUUAGACUCGCACUAAGAGUGUUUAUUAUGGCUGGGGGAUCAAAGAGGUCUAAAAGAGCAAGACUUAAUGACAGUGAGUCGGAAGACAUAAGCGACCAAGAAAACGUUAAGGUCAAAAGCGUGAAUGAAGAUUAUGAAUUGUCUGAUGAGAUAGAGGAUGAUGAAGUAGAUAGCGAGGAAGAUAAUGAGGGAGAGAGUGAGGAUGAUGAUGAAGGAGAUAGCGAGGAAGAUGAUGAAGGAGAUAACAAGGAAGACGAGGAUGGAGAAAGCGAGGAAUUUGAAGAUGGAAUUGAUAAAGAAAGUGAGAGUGGCGAUGAAGAUGAUGAUGACAAUAAAGAUGCUGAGAUGGAAGAGCUUGAGAAAGAGUACAAGGAGCUUCGUUCACAAGAACAGGAUAUAUUGAGAAAUCUGAAGCGUGAUAAGGGUGAGGAUGCUGUUAAAGGUCAAGCGGUGAAGAACCAGAAGGCUCUUUGGGAUAAAACUCUGGAGUUCAGAUUCUUACUCCAGAAAGCAUUUAAUAGUUCAAACAGAUUGCCACAGGAGCCUGUGAGAUCGUCAUUUUGUUCGGAAGAUGAAAAUGUCUCGACAGCAUAUACAGAUCUAGUUACUUCAUGUAAGAAGACAUUAGACUCCCUCGUGGAGUUGCAAGAGGCUUUGCUUGACAAGAACCCCUCGGUUGAUCUACAACAAGUGAAUAGAACAGCUAGUGCAGAAUCCAAUAAAUCAGAUACAGAAGAUAGCGAUGAAUGGCAACAAAUAGCUGAGUUACAGAAAAGAAUGUCUGUAUUCCGAAACAAAGCUGUGGACAAAUGGCAGAGAAGAACACAAGUCACAAGCGGUGCAGCUGCUAUUAAAGGAAAGCUCCACGCCUUUAACCAGAAUGUUAGUGAACAAGUUGCUUCAUACAUGAGGGAUCCAAGUAGAAUGAUCAAACAAAUGCAACAGUCAAGAUCGACUGUUGCUGUUUUUGGAACUGUCGCUGGGGAAGCCAUGGAACCAAAUCAAGAGGAAAGACAACUUGAAGGAGACCCUGAACUUAUAGAAGAUGCUGAGUUCUAUCAGCAGUUACUGAAGGAGUUCAUUGAGACCAUCGAUCCAGCUUCCUCGGAAGCGGCUUACUACGCGAUGAAGAAAUUUCAGACGAAGAAAAGGAAAGUUGUGGAUCGUCGUGCCUCUAAGAGCAGAAAGAUUAGGUAUAAUGUUCAUGAGAAGAUUGUCAACUUCAUGGCACCACGACCAGCAAAGAUACCUCCAAACACUGCGGAUUUGCUGAAGAAUCUGUUUGGUCUAAAGACCAGAAACAGUCUCUCUGAAGCAUAAACUAUUACUCCGCAAUUUUGAAACGCAGGAAAAUAUGACUUUAUUUUUGUGUGGUGUGUGUUGUAUUACUAUACAUCGUUUCUUAUUGAAAGAAAGCAUCUGAAUCUAAUCUGGUUCGAACUUGAAAAUGUUUUACAUUUUUUUAUCUACUUUGUACGAAUUGAAAUCUUCUUUUCU